CAGUAAAAAGAAACAGGAACUUGUAUCGUGUAGUUUUGACCACUGCUUGUUUUCAGUAAGUCAUUCUUGAAAUCUGUUGUGGAUCUAGUUGAAGGGAUAAAUGUCUCUCAUUGCUCUGUAUUUUCAGGAGAUUUUGAGGCUCUGACUCUCUGAGUUUGACAGGAGAUGGCACUGCUGAGCCGUAAGCGGGUUGGCAACGACGACUUGGAAGGGAAAUGGGAGUUCAUUGGCUGUGGGGGAUUUGAGUAAAGUCUACAAAACCAAGUACAAGACUUUGGGAGUCGAUGUUGCCAUUAAGCUGUGUUCAAAACACACUGGCUCCAUCACUAUGGAAAACUCACUGUAUGAGGAGGCUAGGGUUAUGGAACAAGCAUCCUUUAAUUUUGUGCUGAGGGUUUAUGGAAUUUAUGAAGGAUGCCCACCUGGUACAGAAAUGGUAUGGCAAGAGGGAAUAGUCAUGGAGUUCAUGGAAAGAGGAUCUAUUCAUACUCUGUUGGUGAACUUGCCUGGCCCCCCACCCUGGCCACUGGCUUUCCGUUUGGCCCAUCAAGUGGCCCUAGGAAUGAACUUCCUCCAUUCAAAGCACCUUGUACACCAGGACCUAAAACCAAGCAAUGUACUGCUGGAUGAUGGCUUUAAUGCCAAGCUGGCAGACUUUGGACUGUCCAGGCCUACCACCAGUUUUAAGGGCUGGGAUGAAGAAAAAACAGAGUUGAUUGGAGGCACAGACAAGUACAUGCCACCUGAGGCUUUUAAUUCACUUUAUUAUCCUGUUCGUAGCUUUGACAUAUACAGCUAUGGGAUCCUUCUCUGGUCUAUCUUUAGUGGCAAAAAACCUUAUCCAGAGGCCAAGGACAACACACUUCUGAAAUUCAGGGUCUCCAGAGGAGACAGACCUCUCGUGGAAGAACUUGAGAAGAAACAGGUUGAUGGGUUAAAAGCGUCGGUGGAACUCAUGAUAAAGUGCUGGGAUGGGGAUUCAUCCAAGAGGCCUCUCUCAAGUGAGAUCAUUAGACACACUGAGAAAGUGUCGUUGAAGUACAAAGAAAGGAUUCCUAAUGCUAUCCGUGAAGUCUUGAAUAAACUGGACCCACAAACCAGCAGUCAAGAUUCUCAGCCAAGUGGGGCAUCCAGUUUUACUUCAGUGACACCAGGACAAUCAAUGUCGGAAUUUGCAACAGAGACAUCUGUUAGUGUUGGUCCAAAGGUUCUGACUGAAAAAGAAAAAGAGGGCUAACUCCAGGGAAGUUGUGGUCUUUUUGGACACAUAAAAUGAUAAUUACAAGAGGCAAUGAUAUCUAUCUAUGUAUCUAUAUGUUUUUUAUUUCUGUAUUAUGUGACCACCCAGAGGAGACGUAAACACCAUGACACUUUUCUCUAAUCAUUCUGAAAAACAUGGAUGAUAUCAUUUCCCAUCUAAAAUUCACAACUUACUGUCUGGAUACUUCACCAACAGGGGAUUUCAAGUUUGUUUCGAGAUGUAUGACCUCAGAUGUUUUACAGAUUGUAAACAUGUCUUUGCUUUCAGGUGCCUUCGCUUUGACCAUAAAAACAUUGUCAUCAAUUCCUGAAAAAGAACAAUUUAGACUCGUUACUCACGAGCAGCCACAGGUCGAUAUCAAACCUCCUACAGUAAGAUUAAAUAAAAAGCUGUUUUUCAACAAUUAAGCAACAUCCUGACACAAAAUAACAGUUUUGAAUUCUACUAGUCAGGUCUUCAGCCACAUCACAGCACAGAGACUUCUCUAGUUAAAGUCUUCAAUGACAUCCUCUUGAGCACAGAUAGUGGAAAUAUUUCAGUCCUGGUAAUACUGGAUCUCAUGCUGCAUUUGCACUGUUGUUCAGUGUCUACAUGUUCCCACUUGCUCAAAUUAUAUAUAAAAAACAAAAACAAAACUUUUACUAUUAUUAUGCUAUGACAGAAAAAUCUACAUAACCAUCUCCCCAGGAGACUAAAGUCCAACCCAACUCUGAUCAAAUGCAUUGAUCAAAUUAAAAGUUGGAUGUGCCAGAACUUCAUUAAUUAAAUGGAGACAAAACUGAAAUAAUAGGUUUUGAGCCAAAGAAGGAAGUUUAAAGUUAACACUCAGCUUCAAUCAGCUAAGUUAAAAACUAACAACAAAGCCAGAAAUCUGUGAGUAGUCAUGGACUCAGACCUGAAUUUUAGCAGUUAAGACAGUUGUGAAUUCAGUCUGUUAUCCAAUAAAGAACUUAUCAAGGAUUAAAGUACUGAUGUCUCAGCAGGAUUUAGAAAAACAUGCCCAUGCAUUUAUUUCUAGUGGACACUACUGUAACGCUGUCCUUAUAGGUCUCCCUAAAAAAAUCCAUGAGACGGCUGCAGUUAGUCCAGAACUGUACUGGUCAAGUCCUCAUUAAGACCAAGAAAGUAGAUCACAUAACUGCUGUUUGUCAAAGAAUUAACUUCAGAAUCCUGCUGUUAGUUUACAAAGCACUGAAUGGUUUAGGGCCAAAUAUAUUCAGAAUCUUCUGGUUCAAUAUGAACCAACCAGAUCCAUCAGGUCAUCAGGGUCAAAUCGACUUUCUGUUCCCAGAGUCAGAACUAAACGUGGAGAAGCAGAGUUCAGUUUUUAUGUUCCUCGUAUUAGCGCUCCCAGAUCUGCAGAUCUCACUAGAACAUGUAUUUCUUACAUUUUAUUGGAGCAUGUUUUCUUUACAUUCAUUCAUUCAUUCAUUCAUUCAUUCAUUCAUUCAUUCAUUCAUUCAUUCAUUCAUUCACUUUGUAAGAAUUAUAGUGAUUUUACUUUGUACUGCUAAAUCAAUUUUGUAAAGGUUUUUACAAAAUCAUCACAAAGAUUUUACAAAAUCAUCAAAAAAGGUAAAAACAAAAAAAAAAGAAAAAAAGAGUGACACUGAAUAGCUCAUUUGAAACUGCACAAUUGACUUUUGACAGAUUUUCUCACUGAGGCACCUCCUUACACCAACUGAUUCAUUAAGUUGAAUUUAACCUUAACAUGGAUUAUUUGUGGAUUAUUACGUAUCAACUGAGUCUUAUCUGCUUUUGAAGAGAGCUGUGCCCCUCAUAGCUCCCCGUAAUUUAAAUUAUGUAUGUAAUACACUAAUAAAUACCAUUACUCCAUCAAAAUGAGUCAGAAACACUUUUUUAAUGGUCAGAAACAGUGUUUACACAAUAGAAUCUUUAUUUUAUAUUCAUAGUUCACCAUUUCAAUUUUUAUUUUAGUUUGUCUGUUUAACUACAGAAGGGAGGAACU